ACUUGUGAGGGCGACGUUGUCUCUAGGAAUAUAGGCUUAUGGCGUCGAGUGCGAAUGUUAGGGUGUUUUUAAAACUGACUAAUGUAACCAAUGGCUUUAAUCAACGAAGAUGUAUUUCUCAAAGUUGUGCGCUGUACGGUAAAAGAAAUUUCAGAAAGUUCACUAUGCCAAAUAAGCGUGGAACGAAAGAAUAUAAAGCAAAACUGAGUGAACUUGACUUGGUUGACCAUCGAGGAGUUCGGAUGACUGGUUCCAAACAUGAAAUGGCAUUUAAACAGUAUCCAGAAAUGAUACCAGAACUUAUCGUACCUGACUUGACCAACUGUGAGCUUAAGCCAUAUAUUUCUUAUCAAGCACCAGAUGUAACUCAAGGAGAAUUCACUGCUAGAGACUUGUUCAAUGUCAUCUAUUCUAAGAAAAUCAUUGAUGACUAUGAGGCAGGGAAACUGGAUAAUGCUGGUAAUCCUUUAGCACCAUCUGAAGAGGAAAAAAUGACAGCAGAAGAAGCUAAAAUAAAAGCACGUAUGACAGGAAGUGAUAUCUUUUCAGAUGAUGAUGAAACUUUGGUUUCUUCAGAGCAUUAGCAGCAUUGUUGUACUAGAAUAUCAAUGAGUAAUACAGCAUAAUAUUAUGAUCACGUUGAUUAAGUUAAGUGUGUGUCCUCAUCUCUGUUUGUAUUACUUUUUCCAAUGUUUUAUAGUGUCCUUUUAUUUAUCAGUAAAACAAUAAAAAGUAUCUGAGAACAAUUUAAAAGUUGAA